AUGUCUGAAUCAUCGUAUAAUUUCAUCUUCGUCAUCGUUUUCUUGUGUCUGGGGUUGAGAUCAUCAGCGUUUACGAAUCUCAACACCUUAAGCUUCAAAGAAUCACUUUCUCCUCUUUUCGGCGAUGGCAAUCUCGUCCGUUCCCCUGACGAUCUCUCCGUUCGCCUCCUCCUCGAUAAAUACACCGGUUCUGGUUUUAUAUCUUCGAAUAUGUAUCAACAUGGAUUUUACAGCUCCAUGAUCAAGCUUCCCGCCGAUUAUACUGCCGGCGUCGUCGUCGCCUUUUAUACAUCAAACGGGGACGUGUUCGAGAAAACACAUGACGAGUUAGACAUAGAGUUUCUAGGGAACAUAAAAGGAAAGCCAUGGAGGUUUCAGACAAACUUGUACGGAAAUGGAAGUACACAUAGAGGUCGUGAAGAGAGAUAUCGUCUCUGGUUCGAUCCUUCUAAAGAGUUUCAUCGCUAUAGCAUCCUCUGGACUCCUCACAAGAUCAUAUUUUGGGUAGACGAUGUUCCAAUAAGAGAAGUGAUAAGAAGCGAAGCAAUGGGAGCUGAUUAUCCGGCGAAGCCAAUGUCUCUCUACGCCACCAUUUGGGACGCCUCCGACUGGGCUACUUCGGGUGGAAAAUACAAAGCUAAUUACAAAUAUGCCCCUUUCAUCGCCGAGUUCAAGUCCUUCUCCCUCGACGGCUGCUCCGUUGAUCCCAUCCAAGAAGUCCCCACCGAUUGCUCUGACUCUGUUGACUUCCUUGAAUCACAAGACUACUUUUUCAUCAACUCACGCCAACGCACCGCCAUGAGAAGAUUCCGACAACAAUUCAUGUACUAUUCCUACUGUUACGACACAGUUAGGUAUCCGGUACCACCGCCUGAGUGUGUGAUUGUUCCAGCAGAAAAAGACAGGUUUAAGGAUACGGGGAGGUUGAAGUUUGGUGGUACUGAGGCGCGUGGACGACGUAGGAAUCGCCGACAGCAAAUGUCUGAAAUUGAAAGUGAUCCCGACGAAAGAAGACGAUUUCUAAAAUAA